AAGAAAACCAUUUGCAGAGUAAUCGAGGCGGUUUUAUUUUCUUCUUCGUCUCUCAUCGCAAUCAUAUCUAAACAUCUUCUUCGUCUUCGUACGCCUCCUGCACAGUUUGUUUGAUCUUAUCGCUUCAGAUUAUUUCAUCUGUGAGAUUAUUUUAUCUUCUAUUUCUUUUGUCAACCAUCUCUUGUCGGUAAAUUUAAAACGAUCGAUUUGUGUGUUGAGAUUUUGAUUUUAUAGCUUGAUUGAUUGGACGGUUUACUCCUAUGUACAUGAAUGGCUGACAAAGAGGAAGCAUCAUCAGGUGGUGACAACGCUACUCGUGGAACUGAUUGGGAAGUUGUUUCACUCACUGCUUCUGCUUAUGCCGCUUCUCCUGGUCCCAAACCAGUUGAUGAUGAUGUUACUACUCCUCCUUACGAAGCAGAGACGACGACAUCUCAUCCUCUGUACAUGUCUCGGCACUUUGCUUUCCCACCCUCUGAAGAACAACAUCACACCGACAUACCUAGUGAGAAGAAGAAGAUGGAUUCUGAAUUCUCUAUAGAGCAAGAAACCGGAAAAGAAGAUGGUGGAGAUUUGACCCUAAAAGGCUUGGAUUUAGCCAAAGAUGAUGAUGAUGAUGAUGAUGAGUUUGACUUUUUCCAAGAGGGCAAAGGCAAAAGCAACAUUUACAUGCAAGAUGAGAGAGCUUUUGGUGGCGAACACAGCGACCCUAUUCAUCAACAAACCGACGUCGCUCCACCUGAACUGGAAGAGGAGCAUCAUCAAGUAGCAGCAGCAGCAAACUCCCCACCACCUUGCGAGCCUUGGUGGAAAAGAAGCGCCGCUUCUUUGAUUUCUCAGGCGAAAGAAACCAACACAGUUUGGUCCAUUUUCAUAGCUGCUGCUGCUGUCAUGGGAGUUGUGGUUCUUGGCCAGCGUUGGCAACAUGACAGGUGGCAGGUUUUGCAGCUUAACUGGGAAUCAACCAUUGGUAAUGAGAAAGCAGCUGGAAGACUGAUGGGACCCAUCUCUCGACUGAAACAAGCAUUUGUCGGGGGACAACGACGGGAUUCUUUCAUUCGGGCCGCCGGUUCCCAAAACGACAGUUAAAACGAACGAAGGCAGACGAUAAAAAAAAGUUGAUUUGGUUUGAUGAUGACGAUAAUAACAGUAUGUAGUAUGCGACUCUUUGUGUCCGAAUGUAAGUCUGGCGUCGAGAAAACAUUAAAGAUAAUGAUGGAUGAUGGUAUGUAAAGUCUUGUUGUUUUAUAUUUUAAUGUUUCGGUCAGGUUUGUGAUGUGUGUACAUAUGGCUUUCGGUUUGUUCUCAAGUGUACGCUUUGCUUCUUCCUUUUUAUUCUAUUUAAGGAUUUGGUUUCGGUUGUUA